AUGGUGCAGCAGCGCGGGGCGCGGGGCCGGGGCGCGGAGGCUCGACGGGAGCCCUGUGCCCCGCUGCCCUCCCGUGAUGCGGAACCGGCGUGGUGCAAGACCCCCAGCGGGCACAUCAAGCGGCCCAUGAACGCCUUCAUGGUGUGGUCCCAACACGAGCGCCGCAAGAUCAUGGACCAGUGGCCCGAUAUGCACAACGCCGAGAUCUCCAAGCGCCUGGGCCGGCGCUGGCAGCUCCUGCACGACUCCGAGAAGAUCCCCUUUGUGAAGGAGGCCGAGCGCCUGCGCCUCAAGCACAUGGCCGAUUACCCCGACUACAAGUACCGGCCGCGGAAAAAGGGCAAAGUGGGCACCGGCGCCGCCCGCCCGCGGCUCCCGGUGAAGAUCAAACCGUCGGUGCUGGGCCGCGGCUCCGCCGGCCGCAGGCAGCACGGCAAGGCCCCGGCGGAGCCACCGGAGCCCGCACCGGAGCUGCCCCCCGACGGCAGCCCCGCGGCCCCGGAGCCCCCCGCGCCCCCCAGCCCCGAGCCGGGGAGCUCCCCGCAGAGCGGGUCCCCCUCUCCCGUGUCGGCCGCGUCCCCUCCCUCCUCCUUCGGUUCCUCCGAUGAGGAGCCGGAGGAGGAGGCGCUGGGGGCCGGGCCGGGCCGGGCUCCCCCCGGUGCCACCGGCGCUGCCCUGGACUGGUCCGUCCUGGACAAGGACCACGACCUCUUCCCGAGGGGAGGCUCCUCGCACUUCGAGUUCCCGGACUAUUGCACGCCCGAGGUGACGGAGAUGAUAGCAGGGGACUGGCUCAUGUCCAGCAUCUCGGACUUGGUCUUUACCUACUGAGUCCCUCGCUCUG